AUGUCUACCUUCAACGGCAUUAUCUCCGAGUUCCCAGAUAUUCGAGUGGACUUCUUCCGCUACAACCCAAAUCAUCCUCGACCACUGGCAUGUUUCCUAAGCCAUGUUCAUAGUGACCAUCUCGCUGGCCUCGAGACUCUCAAGGCCCCCUUUGUGUACUGCUCCGCGGGCACAAGGGAGAUCCUGCUGCGUCUGGAGCGGUAUCCGUGCAGGAUUAAUCAUGCUAGGGGAGUUCUCGAGGCGAGAGUCCAAACCUACAAACAUCUCAGAAAUCUCUUGAAACCGAUUCCUCUGGAGACGCCAACAGAACUUGAGUUGAAGCCGGGAGUCACCGUUCGUGUUACGCUCUUCGACGCCAACCACUGCCCCGGAUCCGUAAUGUUCCGUGACCUUCGCAGUGAGCCAUGGUUUGUGAGCUCCAUCGCAAGGAAUCCAAAUCUUGUCGAGUAUACAAGUGGCAUACGGACCCUCGACAAGAUCUACCUCGAUACCUCUUUCACCGGCGGCCUGUCGUUUCAGACGAAAGCCGAAGGUAUCGCUCAGCUACUACAAACGGUAUCAAAGUAUCCCAAAGACACCAUAUUUCACUUACAAGCCUGGACUUUCGGGUAUGAAGAUGUAUGGAUCGCCCUUUCCAAGGCCCUGAAGUCUAGGAUCCAUGUCGACGACUACAAAAUGAGAAUUUACUCCUCCCUAACAGCCCGCCUCCCCGAAAACGCCCGUCCUGGCCCGCAUCUCCACAUGGCUUCCGAGGCUGCCGCGUUGACGGGCUUUACUUGUGGUAAUACGCCACAUCCCGGAUGUCUAACUCGAGACGAGAACGUACGUCUGCACAGUUGUGAGAAGGGAAACUACUGCGAGGUCGUUAAGAAGUCCCCUGUUGUUUGGAUCUCACCCAUAGUAGCUCGCUUGCCCGAUGGUGCCGACUUGGUUGAGAUGGGUGUGGGUGGUGGAGGAGACGACCUCGAGAGGGAGGCGGAGCUUGAACAUUUGACUCUCGAAGAGAUGAAUGUCUUGAUGAAGAUAAUCACUGAGGAUGAUGCUGUAUCGCUCGAGGUACAAGACCGCAUCCGCGAAACUCUUUUGAAUAAGACGGCCGACGGUCGCAACAUUUCGCUAGACCUCGACAUGUCCUCAUUCGGAGACAAAAAUGAGAUGAACUUGAAGAGAGCAGUGGAGUCAAUGUUAAGGACGUCGCUGCUAGGAAAGACCGAGCGUCGAACACUUCUGGGCACAGCCUCCGAAGGUCUGCCGAAAAGGAUCAGCUUUCCUUAUUCGAGGCAUUCCUCUUAUCCUGAGCUGUGCCAUUUUCUCCAAGCGUUCAGACCACGGGACGUCUGGCCUUGCACUGUCAACCCUAGGGAGUGGUUGAAAGAAGGGAUUAGCAUCAAGUCGCUCUUCGGCGAGCACUGCUCUGGUGAUGUCUUUGCUCAUGACCUUAAGAUGGAAGCUCUAGCGUCUCAGAUGGGCAUCCAUGGGCAAUCGGUCUCUCAAAGAUCCGAGACCCACGAAAGUCAGCUGUCAAUUAGCUCGCGAGGAGGGAAACCUCCUGUCAGUCCUGUGGAGCAAGGGAAAGCUCCGAAAUUAGUAACGUCCAUCUCGAAGGCCGACGGUGAGUCUGUGAGCAAACCGAUAGAGAUUUCCGAUGACUCCGGCAAUAGAGAUGUCCCCCAGAUUCAAUCUGAGGUAUCCUUCCAAGAAGAAGGGGAAGCAUCUAGGAAACGGAAUUUCGAAUCGUAUGCUCGACCAACUUCAGCUCAGACAAGCCAGGAUAGCACUGCAUCGACCUCCUUCUCAGACACUUCAGUGCCAGGAGGGUCUCCUGCGCCUUCGAGACUACGGAUAGAUGCUUACAAUGCGAUGAUGAGGAACUUGGCCGGGGAUGGAAGCGGAGGAUGGGAAGCCAUUGGGCUGAUCUCUACUGGACAUAAUCAUACUCAUGCAGAGGUCGAACUCGGCGAUGGUCAUUAA